AUGGGUGACAACUGGCUCAGCAAGCAAGUCCAAGGCUACGUCGCCGGCGCAGGCAAGGUGGCUGGUGGCAUUGUCUACGGNCGUAGGCAAUGUAUCACCAACACGACACGCUAUUGGGGCCAGGGUGUCGCAGGCUAUGGUAACAACAUCAAGGAUGCUUCUCGUGCAGGAGGUCCUCGUGUGCCCACUGGCGGAAACCCUCUCGGCUUGGCUGGUGCUGGAUCGAGCAAGACUCUGAUGCCUGGUGGAAAGCUGCCUCCCGGCAGCCAACAGCGCAAUGCUGGCAAAGGCAGUGCUAAGAACCCGCUGGGCCUGUAG